AUGAGGAACUGGAUUAAAUGUAUUUCUAGAGGAGUUGUUUGCAGUAAUCACACGAUAGUCGGAUGCGUCGUCACCAUGGUCGCAUGCGUCGUCACCAUGAUCGGAUGCGUCGUCAUCAUAGUCGUAUACGUCGUCACCAUGAUCUGUUGCCAAGACUCACCCACUCAUUUCGCAUUUCCUCAUGUCUCUGGUGCCUCACAUAGCUUCACAGGAGUCCUUUAUGCAUACGACUAUGGUGCCGACGCAUCCAACCAUCGUGUGACGACACAUCCGACUAUCGUGUGA